CACCCCUCCCUUGCACCGAUCUUACAAACCGAUGAACACGCGUCUGCGAUUAACACCCGGAGUUUAACUCGGUCACGAACAAUGAGACGCUUCGCGGUCUUCGCGCUCUCUUACCUACUGCAAGUUUGUGUGUCUCAGGCCGCCUUGUUCCAGUCUCCGCCGAUUCAGACCGUCCGUGUCGGAGGUCGGGCCGUCCUGAACUGCAGCCGGGACCUCGGUGUGCUUGCUUUUAUACACUGGUAUAAACGGAGCGACCAAAGGCAUCUGCAGUUCGUUGCCAGGGUGGGCAGAUUCGUGCAAGCAGAGGGAAGGUUCUCGGGGCAUGUGGACGAAAAAUCAGCCACUUACUCCCUGGUGAUAGAAAACGUCCAGCGAAAUGAUUCUGGGAUCUACUUCUGCGCAGCCCAGCUCUAUGGCGAGUUCGGCAAUGGAUCCAAACUGGUGGUCACAGCCCAGCCUCCCACGAUAUACCUGUUAGCGCCGCAAGCGGAUGAAAUUUCCCGGAUGCAACUGGUGACCUUGAUGUGUUUGGUGAGAGGCGUCUCUUCCCAUUCCCUGAACAUCCGCUGGAACAUAUCGGGAAAUAUCACAGAAGGUCUCGUUGAUCCCCCGGUAUUUGAUCCGGACGGAGGCUACAGCGUUAGCAGCCGCUUCCAGAUCCCGGCGGAAAGUUGGCGUAGCGGCGCCGUCUGCACUUGCGCCACUGGACAUCUGGUCAGUGACAUUGUGUCUUCUCAGAAAGACAGCCUGCAGGGGCAACUCUGUCAUAUGAUUGCAAUUGGCCUGGCGGCGACCCUCGUGUUCCUUGCUAUAGGGGUGACCACUGUGGCCAUUAGGAAGUUUCGGAAGGAACGCGAACCAGUAAAAGGAGAAACGGCAAGCAAAAGCACCAUCACCCGGCGAAAGAAUCGAGAACGUGAUAUCUACGCCCAGCUGGCGAUUGAUAGAACUGAUCUGGAAAGGCAGAGUGAAUAUUAUCCUCAGUGAACAACGAAAGAUUUAGACCUUGUUUCGUUUGUGCGGAACUAAAACAGCAACGUUUUUCAAGAGUCGUGUUAGUAACGGCACAAGCUGAGCAACUUAUAGUGCGGGAGCGACAAACCGGACCCGCCGAGAUGAAAACGUGCACGCUCGGAAGAAAGCCCGCGCACAGGUGGCGUAAUUGAUUCACGGCGCCUUCGAUCGGCCGCAUGCGCAGUUGUCAUAUUCCGGGAUCUCUCCAUCCAAAGCCUCACACAGAGCUCCCUCAGUCUCAGACCAAUCGGUGAUAAUGAACAACGGUUAAUCUGUGGUCUAAUCCUUGAUGAUGUACAGUUUGCUACGAUUGAAACUAACCCUUGUCCUAACUACUGCUUCAAUAAAUUAUAA